GACAGACAGACGGAGACAUACACGCAGAGGAAAAAAAGACAGAGAAGCCGCCGCACGUGAGGUGCGCGCGAGACUCGCGGGAGAAAGGACUAUAUAAUCCGAUCAUCUGAAGGAUCUGCGCUGAUUAUUGAAUUUGAAUUCUUUAUUUUUACUUAACACAGAGACGGAGAAUCAGUUAAAGAUGAAUCCCAUGACACAGCUGUACUACAAGAAGGCGACGUAUUCGCCGUACCGCGACCGCAUCCCUCUGCAGAUCGUCCGCGCCGAGGUGGAGCUGUCGGCCGAGGAGCGCGCGUACCUCACCGCCGUGGAGAAGGGCGACUACGCGGGCGUCAAGCACGCCCUGCGCGAGGCCGAGGUCUACUACAACAUGGACGUGAACUGCCUGGACCCGCUGGGGCGCAGCGCGCUGCUCAUCGCCAUCGAGAACGAGAACCUGGAGAUCAUGGAGCUGCUGCUCGACCACGGCAUCCACACGGGCGACGCCCUCCUCUACGCCAUCAGGAAGGAGGUGGUGGGCGCCGUGGAGCUGCUGCUGUCGCACAGGAGGCCCAGCGGAGAGAAACAAGUUCCCUCGCUGAUGAUGGACAGUCAGUUUUCCGAGUUCACGCCAGACAUCACUCCCAUCAUGCUCGCCGCUCACACCAACAACUACGAGAUCAUCAAGCUGCUCGUCCAGAGGAAGGUCACGAUUCCCAGACCACACCAGAUCCGCUGUGACUGUGUCGAGUGCGUGUCCAGUUCAGAGGUCGACAGCCUUCGACAUUCAAGAUCCCGACUCAACAUCUACAAGGCUCUGGCCUCGCCGUCGCUCAUCGCGUUGUCCAGUGAAGAUCCGAUCCUCACGGCCUUCAGACUGGGCUGGGAACUCAAAGAGCUCAGCAAGGUGGAGAACGAGUUUCGCCAGGAGUACGAGGAGCUGUCGCAGCAGUGCAAGCGCUUCGCCAAAGACCUGCUGGACCAGGCCAGGAGUUCCCGAGAGCUGGAGACAAUCCUGAACCACAGAGACAACGACCAGAGCGAGGAGCUGGACCCCAGGCAGUGUCACGACCUGGCCAAGCUCAAGCUGGCCAUCAAGUAUCACCAGAAGGAGUUCGUGGCUCAGCCGAACUGUCAGCAGCUUCUGGCCACGCUGUGGUACGACGGUUUUCCGGGCUGGAGGAGACAACACUGGGCCGUCAAACUGGUCACGUGCUUCAUCAUCGGACUCAUGUUUCCCGUGUUUUCACUGAUCUACCUGUUGGCGCCGAAGAGUGCGCUGGGUCGUUUCAUCAAGAAGCCGUUCAUCAAGUUCAUCUGUCACACGGCGUCGUACCUGACCUUCCUCUUCCUGCUGCUGCUCGCCUCGCAGCACAUCGCACGCACCAACCUCCACAUGCAGGGGCCGCCGCCCACCGUGGUGGAGUGGAUGAUUCUGCCGUGGGUGCUCGGCUUCAUCUGGGCGGAGAUUAAGGAAAUGUGGGACGGUGGUUUCACGGAAUACAUCCACGACUGGUGGAACCUGAUGGACUUCGCCAUGAACUCACUCUACCUGGCGACGAUUUCGCUGAAGAUCGUCGCGUAUGUGAAGUACAACUCGUCCCGACCCAGAGAAGAGUGGGAGAUGUGGCAUCCGACGCUGAUCGCGGAGGCGCUGUUCGCCAUCGCUAACAUCUUCAGCUCGCUCAGACUCAUCUCGCUCUUCACGGCGAACUCUCACCUCGGGCCUCUGCAGAUCUCACUGGGCCGGAUGCUGCUGGACAUCCUCAAGUUCCUCUUCAUCUACUGUCUGGUCCUGCUGGCGUUUGCUAACGGUCUGAACCAGCUCUAUUUCUACUACGAGACCACGGCGUCAGAAGAGCCCAACAACUGCAAAGGCAUCCGCUGUGAGCGACAGAACAACGCCUUCUCAACAUUAUUCGAGACGCUACAGUCUCUCUUCUGGUCGAUAUUCGGCCUCAUGAACUUGUACGUCACUAACGUGAAAGCGCGUCACGAGUUCACGGAGUUCGUGGGGGCGACCAUGUUUGGGACGUACAACAUCAUCUCGCUGGUCGUCCUUCUCAACAUGUUGAUCGCGAUGAUGAACAACUCGUACCAGCUCAUCGCCGACCACGCGGACAUCGAGUGGAAGUUCGCCCGCACUAAACUGUGGAUGAGCUACUUUGACGAGGGCGGGACUCUGCCGCCGCCGUUCAACAUCGUCCCGAGUCCAAAGUCCAUCUUGUAUCUGCUGAUGUGGCUCCACAACAAGCUGUGCAGGAGAGGACAGCCCCCGGGGGAGGAGCCACACAAAUGCGAAAACCUGCGAGAGUUCACGGAACGUCACGCUGACAGUCUGAUCCAGAACAAACACUACCAGGAAGUGAUACGGAGCCUGGUGAAGAGGUACGUGGCGGCCAUGAUACGCAGCGCUAAGACGGACGAGGGACUGACGGAGGAAAACUUUAAGGAGUUGAAACAGGACAUCUCCAGUUUCCGUUAUGAGGUCCUGGAUCUCCUUGGCAACCGGCGUCCUCCCCGGCGACACUACUCGUCCUCCAGUGAGACAGUGAAGGACGACGGCGCGUCACAGGAUGACAGCGAAUCGGGUGACAGUGGUGGAGUUGGAAGCCAGAGGUCAAAGGGCGUGACCUUUAUGACCCCGCUGGAGGACGACUCGAGGCCGGCGCCCACACUUGGCGUCUCCGCUCUGGUACGCUCCGUCUCCGGAAUGACCCGGAUGGAAGGUGAGGAGGCGGAGCUGGAGGAGGGCAUCAGGUGGGGGGAGGAGGAUGAGGACGAGGACGGGAAACCAAAGAGCAACGGGCUAAAGGCGAGCGGCGUCCCUCCGUCCUCCUCCGCACACUUCCCGCCGUCGUCUUCGUCACUUUCAUCGACUCUGUCGUCGUCGCUGUCUCGCACGAGGAGUCGUCUUCAGCGUCUUUCGUCGCCCGGGACAAAAACAGACUCCUUCAAACGUCUCUCCUACUUGUUCUCCCGCUCCAAACGCAAAGCGCCACCCAUGCCCAUCCCUCUCCAGGCCCCGCCCUCUUACACCAUCUCGGACGGGUUGCUCCUCCCACUGGGGAGCCACAGCCACUCUGACUAUGGACUCAGUGAAGUGACGAGAAGCGAGACUCACCUGAACGUGGUGGGACGCUCCGUCGACAUCGGCAGCCCCUCGUUCUCGCCACGGAGAACAAAUGGGCGGGAUUCGCUCCUGACGCUGCCCCUCCCACCUCCCUGUCCCUGCCAAUCCCUGCACUGUGCUUCCAACAUGUCCGAGUCCAGCUCCCGCCUCCUGGACUCCAGCGAGGACGUUUUCCAGGGUGGAUCAGGCCACGGCGGCGUGGACGGCAGAGGAGGGCGACGAGGGCUGACGGUGAUGGGGGGGUGGGUUGGGCCAUGUGAUGAUGUCAUAGAGGACAGCUGUGAGGUCAUAGAGGACUCUGUCACAACUCAGCUAUAGGAGAGAGGAAAAACCAAAUCGUUUUUCUUUGUUUGCAAAAUGGACGAAUACGAGUGAAAUGGAGAGAGAGGUGAGAGGAGGGAGAGUCCAGUCCGUAGACCUGGACUUCUGCAAUGCCGGGUUUUCAGAGAAGAGAGCGAGUGUCAUCAGCGAUCGUCAAAUAGCAGACGUUCAUAAAGACUUUUAUGUCAACAUCUGUUUUUUUAUGCAGAUUCACAGCAAAAAAAGAACAAGCUGCUCUGUACGAGGUAGCUUAGCAGCUACAUAGCGCUAAACAACUACUGAGUGGACUAACUCCUAAUGAGUUAGCAAGGUGAACGUUGUAUUCUUCAAUACCAUACAAGCAAAAAAGUUACACUGCUGUUAUCCACAGGGCUACUACGCUAAAUCACCACCACUGUUGAGCUAUGAUGCUAGCUAACAUGGUAAAUAUGACAGAUAGUAAAACUAACUGUCCAGUUAGUAAAACAAUCGUGCCAAAUUAACAGUGUUAGCAAAAGAGGCUACAUAGCUAGCGGUCACUGUAAAGCUAAAACACCACCAAGCUAAGGCUUGGUGAGUUAGCUUCUUAGCUAGCAAAAACUAUUAAAAGUAUUGUAUGUGAAACAGCUACAUAGCUAGCUGACACUGUAAUGUGUGUAAAUGAGAAUCUUUGAAAAAAACUCCUUUAACUCCUAAAUUAACACUCUUAGCAAAGCAGCUAGCUAGCAAGGUAAAUGGAAUCCUUCAAAAAUACAGCCUCGCUAUAUUUUAAGACUGUCAGCUAAACAGUUAUAUAGUUAGCUGGUACUAUAAUGUGUGACCCACAGGUCAGGUAGCUUAUUAACUUGCUAGCUAGCAUGCUCAAUGGCCCUCUUAAAUAAACAAUGUUAGUGAAACGGCUACACAGGCAAAGAGGCAUCUAACAUGUUAGCCUAGCAUGGUAAACAUGGUGUUUUAAAGCUAAUUAGACACCGUCACUUUAAAAGGAAUUCUAUGCCCAAUAAAAUGUAGCUAACCCCAUGACACAGCUAAAACACAUUAGUGUCAACAAACUGAAACUAUCUCUAUUAUCUUAUUUUGUUUUAUUAUGUUUGGGUUAUUUUUCUCUCAGAGGCAAACAAAGAAAGCUUUUAUUGUGAAAAAACACAUUAGCGUAGCAUUCUACUCGCUCACAUUUCACCGUGGGAGGAUGUUUUUAAAGCGGCUCAGGGUUCGUUUUGUUCUUAAUGACGGGGUCGGCAGCAGGUCGCGUGUCCACGCAGCCGUCACCGCGGCGACCAGGUCGCGACGACAAAAAAAUACAUAAAAUUAAAGAGUCUUUAUGAACGUCGGCCAUUUUGUUUCCACACAUGCCACAGGAGAACAAAGACGCAGGAUUUUAAAGGACAGUUCACCUUUUUUUCCUCUGGGACGGACACUCACACACUCACACACUCACACA